CGGGGCCGGCAGGGGCGGAGACUUGAGCCAGAGUCUGGGGUCUGCGGCGGCAGCGGGGGUCUGAGGCUGCGGGCGUCCAGGGUGACCCUGUUUGGAGCAGACAUGUCUGAAGAUGAGGCAGGUCAGGCCCCCAGACCCAGCUUGUGGGACCAGGACCAGCAGAACGUGGUGCAGCGCGUAGUGGCUCUGCCACUAGUCAGGGCCACGUGCACUGCAGUCUUUGACGCUUACAGUGCAGCCAAGGACAGGCACCCGCUGUUGGGCUCUGCCUGCCGCAUGGCUGAGCAGUGCGUGAACAGCCUGACCACCUGUGCCCUGGACCAUGCCCAGCCUCUGCUCGACCACCUGCAGCCCCAAUUGGCCACAGUGAACAAUCUGGCCUGCAGGGGCCUGGACAAGCUGGAGGAGAAGCUGCCCUUUCUCCAGCAACCUUCAGAGACGGUGGUCACCUCGGCCAAAGAUGCAGUAGCCAGCGGUGUCACAGGCCUGGCACGGCGGGGCCGGCGCUGGAGCGUGGAGCUGAAGCGCUCUGUGAGCCAUGCUGUGGACGUUGUACUGGGCAAGUCCGAGGAGCUGGUGGACCACUUCCUGCCCAUGACGGAGGAGGAGCUUGCGGCGCUGGCAGCUGAGGCUGAAGGCCCGGAAGUGGGCUCGGUGGAGGAUCAGAGGAGACAACAGGGCUACUUCGUGCGUCUGGGCUCCCUGUCCGCGCGGAUCCGCCAUCUGGCCUAUGAGCACUCUUUGGGGAAACUGAGGCAGAGCAAACACCGUGCCCAGGACACACUGGCCCAGCUGCAGGAGACGUUAGAGCUGAUUGACCUCAUGCAGACUGGGGUGACCCCCAUCAUCCCAGCCUGCCCCGGGAAGGUGCACGAGCUGUGGGAGGACUGGAGCCAGCAACCCUGGGAGAAUGGCCGCAGACGGAGCCAGGCGGAGCUGGAGACGCUGAUGCUGUCCCGCAGCCUGACCCAGGAGCUGCAGGGCACGGUGGACGCACUGGAGACCAGCGUGCGGGGCCUGCCUCCCGGUGCACAGGAGAAGGUGGCCGAGGUGCGGCGCAGCGUGCACGCCCUGCAGGCCGCCUUCGCCAAUGCCCGCUGCUUCAGGGACGUGCCAGCAGCCGCGCUGGCCGAGGGCCGAGGCCGUGUGGCCCGGGCCCACGCCAGCGUGGACGAGCUGCUGGAGUUCGUGGUGCAGGCUGUGCCACUACCCUGGCUCGUCGGGCCCUUCGCACCCAUCCUUGUGGAGAGGGCCGAGCCCCUGCCUGACCUGGAAUCCCUGGUGGAUGAGGUGGUCGGGAGCCCCGACCCUCGCUGGGCACACAUGGACUGGCCUGCCCAGCAGAGGGCCUGGCAGGCCCAGCAUGGGGAUGGGACGGGCCUCCCCGGGGACAUUCGCGAGGAAGAGCUGGAGCCCCCCAGCCGCCCAGACAAGCACACCCUGAUGCCCGAGCUGGACUUCUGACCCAAAGGUUGCCAGUGGACGGACAGGCAGGGGGAUGGCCACCCUGCACGCUGAGGUUGCUGCUGCCCCCUGGUGGCCAUGCGUAAGCACUAUCGGCCAAUGCCUUGGCCUUGACACUGAGUUGAGAGGGGGCUGAACUCAGGAUCCUUGGCCAUCUUUGCUCCUAUGGGACCCUCCCCUCUUUUCCUUGGACACUUGGGAACAUGAGGCCCGGAGAGGAGCAGGAACUAAGACCCAACUCAGGUCUAACUUUAGCCAUGAGCUGGGUUCUUCGUCUGUCUGUGGUCCCAUUCCCCUCCACCACCAAGAAGCUUAUCAAAACUCCCCAGAAAAACAUACUUUUUGCCCAAUGGCUUCAAUUUGGGGCUUUGAAAAGUGAGCCCCCAUCCUCCCCCAGCUUGGAUAUUCUUGACUGAGGGGUCCCCCAAAGAUGCCUGGCCAUGCCCCUCCACCUGCCAGACCCACUUGCUUUGCUGUUUGGGGUUUGCUCUCCAGAAUAAAGGUGCUUAGUGUUGUCUGAA